AUGUCGAUCGACGCUUCUUCCAUAAACGUCAAGUGGGAUCAUCUGGGCGUCUUCAGACGUUUCCAAAUUCCGUUGACAGAUGCAUCGGGACGUGAUAUGUAUGCACCGGAACGUGACAUCUACAAGGAGCUGCUUGCAAAAAUCAACAUCUCAGUGCCCGAUUUUAAUGGAAAAUUAGGCUGGAAAGGUAACCUUGCAUGA